GUACAGCCUUAUUUAUAAACAAAAUGAAAGUUCUUACCGUGGAUUUGAAUUUUCUAUUUUCUAUUACAAUUAGAUUUAAUUUUCUUAAAAUUUGAAAAUUUUUUUAACGAAAAAUUUUUUUAUGCCACUUAAGGUGUAUUUAGAUGAGCAAUAGCAAAUAUCAACUUAGAUUUAACAUGGAAUCAUCUAUACAGGUUCAGGCAACUAAUGACAGUAGUAUUGUUAGCAAGCUAUCAGCUUCCAAAUCUGGUUAUUAUGAAGAUCCUUACCUAAUUAUGUUUGUGGAUAGAGAGCAAAAGAGAUCUUCUAUUAUUAACAGAGGUUAUUAUAUAAGAUUCAAGGCAAUUGAAAUGGUGUUUGAAUCAUGGUUUUCACUAAUGUCAUCUCUACAAUUUCCAAAAUCUCAGAUAAUUUCAUUAGGUGCUGGAUUUGAUACUUCAUACUUUAGACUAAAACACUACAAAAAGUUGCCUCCCAACUGCAGAUAUAUUGAAGUAGAUUUUUUUCCUGUAAUGAGUAGGAAGAAAUAUUGCAUUGAAAAAAAUAUUUCAAAAAUUUCUAAUUUUGAACUCUUCUUUGAUUUGGCUGAAGAUAAAAUAGUUGCAUCAAAUGAGGAAUAUUCAAUGCUAGGAAUAGAUUUGAGAAAUACUUCUGAACUGGAAAAAACUUUAAAAUGUUUAGAUGUUGAUUUUACAUCACCUACUUUAUUUCUGUCUGAAUGCGCAGUGACAUACAUGGAUACUAAAAGUUCAGAUGGUCUUAUUAAAUGGAUUCAGAAGCAUUUUCCUAAUUCAGCAUUUGUUGCUUAUGAACAGGUGUAUCCUUAUGAUGGAUUUGGAAUUGUUAUGAGGAAACAUUUUGAUAUACUUGGGUGCCCUCUUAAAUCUCUGACUUCUUUUCCCUCUAAAGAAGCUCAGUUAGAUAGAUAUAGUAAGAUGGGUUGGUCCUCCUGUUCUUCUUUAUUAAUGUCUGAUUUCUUUAAUGGAUUUUCUCAUAAAGAAACAGAAAGAAUUCAAUCCCUUGACGUGUUUGACGAAUAUGAAAUGUGGCAUGAAAAAUGUCACCAUUAUAUUCUGUUAUGGGCAUGUCAAGGAAUCAUUGUGUUGCCUGAAGCAUUCUACCAAAAAAGUUGCCAACUCUCCAAAGAACUACGAUUUCCACAAUUUAACUGGAAACUAACGCCAGCUAAUAUUUUGUGCAAAAGGUUUGGUCACCAAGUAAUUUUACUAUCUCCAGAUUGUUUACUGUUAUCAGGUGGAUUUGGUCUUCAAGAUAGAAAACAUCAAAGAAUAAGUGGCUUGACUUUAUGCAAAAUAAGCUCUCUGGAUUGCUUCUCUAUAUGUUUAUCUAAUAUUCAAGACGUUAUUGGCAAAAGAAUGUUCCACACUGUCAGUUAUUUGUCUGAUGGUACUGCUGUUGUCUUAGGAGGGCGCUCAGCUCCAAAAAAAGUAUUUGAAAAAGUAGUAACUUUCAGAUUAUUCAAACAAGAACACCAAAUAACUGAGAAAGAUUUAAAGGAAAAUAAAUUCCUUCAAUCCAUUUCUGUUGAAGAAAAUGGAGAUAUGUGCCAUGGCUCAUGGAGACAUUCUGCAUCUGUUGUUAAAAUUAAAGAUUCAGAUUGCAUUGUAAUAUUUGGUGGUUCAUCAGCUAAAAAAAUUGCCACUGAUAAAUGUUGCAUCUUAAAUACAAGGGAUUGGAUUUGGACCGAAGUAAGCACUCAAGUGGAAACACCAUCUCCAAGGCAUUCUCAUAGUUCAACUACAUUUGAAGGAAGCAAAAUUGUUAUUACUGGUGGCCUCUCAGAAAAUGAAAAAAUUUUAAACUCAGUUCAUGUUCUUGACUGUCAAUCAUUGAAAUGGUCAGUACUAGAAGUAUCUGGAUUACUCCCCAGAUAUUCCCACACUUCACAUCAUUUUGAUAACAAAAUAUUUUUGAUUGGAGGCAUAACAAGCACAUCUGGUAUUUCUGCUGGAAUAGGAAUAAUUGAUUUAAAAACAAAUUGUGCUACAGAAUUAUCAUUACCUGAACAAGAUCCUGAAUAUCCCAUCAUUCUUAGCAAUCAUUGCAGUGUGAUAUACAAUGAAGAAUUUAUUAUCGUUGGAGGUGGGGGGAAUUGCUUUUCCUUUGGCACACAUUUUAAUGACAGAAUUGUUACUGUAAAAAUAAAAGAUUUAUUUUAACUUUU